GCCGCCCGGCGCGCAGGCGCACUGGCCGCCGCCCGGAGCGCUUCCGCCUCCCGCCGCCGCGAUGGCCGCGCCGGCCCCCGGCUCCAUCUCGGUCUUCUCGAGCGCGCAGGAGCUCGGCGCGUCGCUGGCGCAGUUGGUGGCCCAGCGGGCCGCGAGCUGCGUGGCGGGCGCCCGGGCCCGCUUCGCGCUCGGCCUGUCCGGCGGCAGCCUCGUCUCCAUGCUGGCCCGCGAGCUGCCCGCCGCCAUCGCCCCCGCGGGGCCCGCCGGCCUCGCGCACUGGACGCUGGGCUUCUGCGACGAGCGCCUGGUGCCCUUCGAGCACGCCGAGAGCACGUACGGCCUUUACCGGACCCACCUGCUCUCCAAGUUGCCCAUUCCCGAUAGCCAGGUGAUCACCAUUAACCCCCAGCUUCCUGUGGAGGACGCUGCAGAAGACUACGCCAGGAAGCUGAGACAGGCCUUUCAAGGGGACUCUAUCCCAGUUUUUGACCUGCUGAUCCUGGGGGUGGGCCCCGAUGGCCAUACCUGCUCGCUCUUCCCAGACCACCCCCUUCUGCAGGAGCGGGAGAAGAUUGUGGCUCCCAUCAGUGACUCCCCAAAGCCACCUCCACAGCGUGUGACCCUCACACUUCCUGUCCUGAACGCAGCCCGAACUGUCAUCUUUGUGGCGACUGGGGAAGGCAAGGCAGCUGUUCUGAAGCGCAUUUUGGAGGACAAGGAGGACAGCCCGCUCCCUGCCGCCCUCGUGCAGCCCCACACCGGGAAGCUGUGCUGGUUCCUGGACGAGGCCGCAGCCCGACUCCUGACCGUGCCCUUCGAGAAGCAUUCCACGUUGUAGCUGGUCCCCGGGGACACCGCCGUCCGGACCACUUGCGGCUUGGGGGAGCCGGGAUCUUCCUGGGGCUGGGCCCCUCCACUGCGGUGUUCUAGGCUUCACUUCGAAAAGCCACAUGGUGCUGACAGGGCCUGGCCACUGGCUCUGCCCAGAUCUUACAAGGAGCUUUGGC